AUGUGUUGUUCUUUAUUACAAAUUUAUUCCUAUUGUAUGGUUGGUGUUAUUUAUGUUUCUUAUACAACUACUUGUUUAGGUUUGAUAAUUUUGAAAAUUUUGGGUUUGUUUGGAAAUUAUGAGUGUCUUGGUGAGGGAGGUAAAUGUUUGUCAGAGGGUUUUAAUUGUUUACCUGAUAACAAUCUUGCUCUAUUUCUAUGUCUAGGUAUUGUUGUUUGGAAUUGGGUAGAGCUUUUAUUUACCAGUUUAGCUAGCAUAAGCGAUGGUAUUCUGUCAAUGACAGUAGGAGGUGAAGUGGUUUAA